AUGGCUUUAAAGUCAUCGCAAGCUUAUAAUGGAUUCAUUGCAGGCCCUCAAACUGAUACGCUUUUGGUAGGUCAAGAGCUUCAACUCGGCGGACCCACCAAGAUCGUUAGCCGUGUGUCUUGUGUUGGUGGAUCCCAAGGACCAUAUAGAUUUGUGAUGGAGCAGAAAAGAGUUGCUUUGUAUCUUAAGAAUAAGAACUCCUCAAAUCCAUUGCUUUACAACUACGAUGAGUUUGGGAACGGACAACAGUCCCUGGCCUAUGUAAACUUCAACACAAAAGUUGUGCACCCCGUUCUUCCUCUCUGCAAGGCUAAAGCCAAUGUAAAUUAUUACAAAAUUGUGGUUGUUGAGCAUUUCCUGAAUGAGUACAUAGAGGGAGAUGGUCCAAUGAAUCAAGCUAAGUUUAGGGAUAAGUGUAACAAGGAAUGUGGGUGCUUAGGUUUCUUCUACAAGGAAGAAUCCUCCAAAUGCUUGCUGGCUCCUGAACUCGGCACUCUCAGUAAAGUGUCCAACUCAUCUCAUGUAGCUUUCAUUAAGAUCUCUAAGUAG